AUGAGGUGGAGCAUGAAACCUGGAAUUCACUCUACUACUACUACUACUACUACUACUACUACUACUACUACUACUACUACUACUACUACUACUACUACUACUACUACUACUACUACUACUACUACUACUACUACUACUACUACUACUACUACUACUACUACUACUACUACUACUACUACUACUACUACUACUACUACUACUACUACUACUACUACUAUUGCUACUACUACUACUACUACUAAACGUGCUGCUGUACAAAAAUAG